CGACCGCACGCACCUGGUUGAUGCGGGCUCGCAAGAUGAAGAUAAGCGCCAUUUUUUGAAAGCAACAAACGAAGGAUGGAGGAACUCUUCAAUAAAUUGCUUCUUGUAUCACUACGAAACUCAUCGCGCGAGGAAAGACGUGUUCGGCUAAGAGUUUCAGUUGCUAUUCAGUCAAAGCAAGCGAGAGGAAAGGAGUUACACGUACAACUGACAGAUGAUGAAGAUCCUUUCUUUCUUUUCACUUUACAACUUGGUGAAGAUGAUUUCCAAGGUUUAAAAAGUCAACAAGGAUUACUGGUUGAUUUUGGAGCAUUUCCUCAAAACUUGAUGGAUCUCUUUGGCUUUUGCCUUGAAGAAGAAUCCAAAGAUUUCCCAAAGUUUUUAUUGACGUUUACUAUAUCAGAACAUGAUUGUGGAGUAUCCCAUCUUAAUAUUGUCGAGACAAAUUCUUUUAAACAUCUGACGCAUUUAUCAUUAAAAUUUCUGCUGGGCAAUGAUGUUGACGUGAAGAAAUAUUUGGCUGGUUGUCUCACGUCAUUAAAGGAUGAAAAUCGUAGCUUGAAGAAGGAAUUGGAGACAACGGAAACAGAACUUACCAGUCGGCUGGCAAGAUCACAAGAGGCUCUUGCUGCUAGAAAUAAAGAAUUGAGUCAACUUAGAGAUGAAUUCAGUGCGAAAUCCUCCUCAAUCAUCAGUAAACAUUCCCAUGAUUUGGCGACGGAAAGGGAGAAAGCGUUGCAGAUGCAAACGUCUUCACAGAAAAGAUUCGACGAGGAAAAGAAGGAGUUAGAAUCAUCGCAUAAAGCAUUUGUUCUUGAGAUGCAAAAUAAGCUUUCCAAACUCACAGCUGCAAAUAACGAAUUAAGUGAAGGAAAGUUUCGGUCAGAAUCAAGUUGUGGUGAUCUAAAGAACAAACUGUCCUUUGUUGAAGAGGCGUUACAGCGCUCGAAAGUGGAAGUUACGAAGCUGCGAAGAGAUAACACAAGCUUGGAUGUUGAACGACAUGAAAGAGAUAAAACUUUAAAUCAUCUUCGAACGAGGAUCGCUGUUCUUGAACAAGAAAACAAAGAUAAUCAGGAGGUGAUUACAAGAACGAGAGAACUGUUGGAGGCUGCUAAUGAACAAAAGAGAAAAUGCGAAGAAACGAUUGUAGAACGUCAGCAACAACUGAACAAGUCCGAAAAAACCGUCAAAUCAAUUUCAGAUGAAUUGAUUAAGGGAAAUGAAAUUAUUCACAGACUUCAAAAGGAAUUGCGAAAUGCUAAAGCCAAGAGCAAAUUGAAUGCGACUGUUAUUACGCAACAAGAGAAGGUCCUUGCAGAAAAGAUUUCAACUCUCGAGAAACAAAAUGAAGAAUUAAAGACGAUAUCAACGGAUGCAAAAAACAAAGACACUGAAAUCAAAACAUUGACCGAAUCGUUAGCAUCGGCAAAUGAAAAGUUGGAAGAAAAUAAACAAUUGUUAAAAACAAAUGAAAACGUUAUCAACUGGUUGAACAAGCAAAUCAAUGACCAGUGUUUAAACCAGCCAAAGUUUGGAACAGCAAACGUUAAUUCUGCAAGUUCAAAUAUCGGAUCUCGUUCGAGUUACAGUAAUCUCGCAAUGCCUCACAGCACUCCGCUUUCUGUUGGUUCUGCGGCUCAUCCUAUCCAUGCAUAUAUUCCCCGGUACACCUCACAAGCACAGGUCGUGUAUCGACCGGGCCAUAGAAUUGAUGCAAAUACUCCAAGUAUUCCUGAGGAAAGAUUGAAGACAACAUCACCGAAUAUUGUGUCAGCUCCUUCACAAACUGGGAAAGAAAAUAAUAAUCCUUUGAUUGACCCAAAAUAUUUAACUAAACCAAGCAAGAAAACAGAUCCACCAAGACCCCCAUUACAAACAAAAUCUCUCCCCAAAAAUCCUUCACAUGUACCACCUGUGAUCCCCCUGAUGUCAGCAUAUUUCCCUGCUAACCCACCAACUGGAAAGAACGACAGCAGCCUGCUAUAGAAUCCGCCUAACUGGAUAUACCGACAGUGUUAUAAUGUAAAAAUUACUUGACUGUAUAGCAAGUGCAUGCAUGAACUGCAUUUUUUCUGGUGCCUGAUCAGAAUUUCGCUAUAUAAUGUAAUUCUAUGCUGUCCCCGCUGCACUUGUCAGAAAAGUUGGUAUAAAAAACAAAUUAUACCGAAUAUUUUACCGCUAGGCGAUAAAGUAAUACAAAUUAAAGGACAUGGUUGUGGAUCAAAGUUAACCUAAUAUCGAUGGAACCCACAAUUAAUAUAAAAUUUGCACGCAAAAAAGCCAAAACCGGCAAAAAAUAAAGGAGUAGCUAUAUUCCGUACAAGUAAUUCCACAGCCGUGCAGAGCAUUUGAAUUGCAUAUAAGAAGUUAAAACCAGAUUUAUCGUCCUUAAAACCGAAAGAAUUUACUUGAAUAUUUAACCAAUAAAAUUACUCUUGUGAACUAUUUGCCUU